CACUCUAAUCAGUGCAAAAUCUAUAUAAGCAGCCGAAACGCGCCGCUAUCGUUAGUUUUACAUAUCGCGCGCGAGAGAUCACAUCAAAUCGUAUCGUUGAGAGUCGGGGUCGUGGAUAAUAUCACGGUGGAUAAUGUGUUCCCAAAACUUCGACGCGUAAACAUGCGUUUUGGGAAAGAAAUAUCGGUGAAGUGAUAGUGAUCGAGACAACGAAAACAAACGAUUACAGUUAUGUUGCCAAUCCGUCUGCGCUGCGCACUCGAUUCGCUUGUACCGUUAGUUCGCGCAGCUAUUGCAGCAUCCGAAAGUGCCAAUAAAGAAUAAUAACAAUAAACAAAGGCCAACAAGUGGUGACGAAAAUAAAAAGAAGUGCCAAAAACGUCUGACACACUUUAGUGACUUGGACGGAUGAUCGUUUUCACUAAUUGCUGACACACAUCAUUUCCCUAAUUGGCAGUGAAAAAGAGUAACAAGUGCGAAACGAGAGCAAACGCCGAGCGCAAAUUGAAUUUACGGUGCCCCAUCAAAGUCAAGUCGGCCGACUCCAACUAAUUUAAUGAUCAAAAGUAACACAUUUUUUUCGCAUUCGGCGGCAGCCGCUGAGCGGUGUUAAUUGAAAGUGUCACGCUUCGUCUCAAUAAUAAAUAUAAUUCCCAUCGACUGGCUUUCGUCUAUGUGAAGUGAGUGCCCGAGUGAAAUGCGGUCGGUGGAAGUGGCCAAAAGCGGCCCAUCUGCCAUCUUCUGGCUGGCCAUAGUGCUAUUCGUGGGGGCGGCACAGGCUGCCACGCCCUUCGCGAAGGAGUACCGCGACGCGGGACUCUUCAAUGGCAAUACCCUCGUCGAUCUGGACGGAUCCACCACCCUGGACAUGGGACUGGAGAAGCCCACCAGCAGCAGCGGGCUCAGCGGUGGCUUCAAGUCGGAGUCGUCGGUGGUGCUGCCCGGCAUGCUGCAAAAUUCAGGCUGCCCGCUGACUACGAGUUCCCACUGCCUGCGCUGCAACAAGGCGGGCUGCAUCAAAUGUCCGAUGUACCUGGUGACGGACACGAGGCAGUGCGUGGAUCAGUGCCCCGCCGGCUACUUGGACCAGUGGUCCGCCCACACGGAGUUCAUGGGUCGGGUGUGUGUGCCCACCGGCUAUUCUGGACCACUGAUGGCCGCACUGGCCGGACUUCUCGGUGGCUUCCUCGUUUGUCUGUCCCUUCUGGCCGUCGCGGUGAUGUUGGUCAGAAGGAAAAGGCGGCGAAAGUCCAUCAAACAGAAGCUGAUCAACGAGAAUACCAUGGAUCGGGCGGACUUUAUGAGGCAGCUAAACGAGAUGCGUCCGAACGCGGAGUACUUUCUGGCCAUGCUGAACGAUACCCGACGGCAGAUCAGGAAGCUCUAUUUGUCCGGUGAAGUGGCGGCUGCCAACUCGUACAGGCCCAUAGUCCGGGAUCUGGCCAAGCUGCUCAUUCUGCUGAACAGACCCAUUGAACUGAUUCCCGCCCCGCCGCCAGAUUGGUCCAGGCUGUAUGCCUGGUCGGAGCAGGCCCUGGAGCGCUACAAGCCUCAGGUGGGCCAGCUCAUCGACUUCUUUCAGGCCUCACACGGUCACAGUGGUGGUCACCACGAGGUGCUCUACGCUGCGCCAAACAAGAAGAAGCAACUGCAGCAGCCCAGCAUCUUCCGGCAACAGGUGACGCCCACGGCGACGCCGCAGGGAGUGGGCGAACUGAUGGCCGGCGAUCGGAGCAGCAGUGCCUCGGCGCAGCAGAAGCUGCACCUGUUUGGCUCGCUGAUCAGCCUGCACGAGUUCGAGGAGCCACGGGCUUCGGAUCCUUUCGGCAGCAGUUUCAACACGCUGAAGAGCGGCAAUCUCAUCUCUGAUCUCAAUGCCAGCUCGCUGUGGCUGGAGGACGAGUUCUACAAGCUGGGCUUUCGACCGCAGGACGAGAUCACCACGGAGCUGUAACUGCAUCACAAAACUCAUACUCAAAACUUAAUCAAAAAUAAGUAUUACCCCGGCUGGCGGCGCUAGCCGUUCGAGUCUAGUGCCAGUUCAGCUGGGGAAAAGAGGCAUUUGCGUGCACAUUCCGCCAGGCCAUCAUCAUCAUUCAACUCCAUCGACAAGCUAACUGGGAGCCCAUUUAGCCGGAGGCGCUAAAUGCCCAUGCUUAGAGCUUAGUUAGAUCAGUUAAGCAAGCAAACUAGUCACGUAAAAUCACAAACAAAACCAUCAACACACAACGAUGCCGAGGAGACGGAGCAAAUGCAAAUGGAAAUCGCGUGGAAAUGAAUUUAGUUUUAUGGAUUUUACAAAAAUCGCAACAAUCAUGUAACGAACAAUAUUCAAUAUACACACUAUAGAAAUACUAUUCAAAUAAUAACUAAGAUGAUAAAGAGUAUAAAAGCGAUUCUUAUAGCUAUACCUUAUGUAGACAGAGAUUAUAAACCCUAGCGAAUACGAAAUGGAUAAUAAAAUCGUGUGCCUUAAGA